AUGCGCCGCGAGUCCGAGUCCGAGUCUGAGUCCGAGUCCCGUGGUCAAGACGGACGAACUGACCGGUUGUCUCGGACAAUCGAGAGGCCAGGCUCGAGGGCUGAACGCCGAUGCACCCGGUCCAGUACCUACCUUGUGACUGGUGUAGACGCUGAAGGCCUCGUUGUUGUUGCGGCAGAACACGCACAGGUCCAGCGUCGUCUCGACAAGCUGCGAGGCCCAGUCGUGGAGAUGAUCGAGCAGGCAGAAGAGCCGAAAGAGAUCUUCCGUGUCCACUUUGGCGUGCUCGUGGCCAAUGUCCGGAUCUACGAAUCUCAACAACGACACCAACGAGAAGUAAACCGACCAGACGACUAUCGAGGGGAAAAAAGUACCCUGGUUGCUUCUGUCAGGACCCAAAUGUCCAAACGUCAGAGCAUUGAGGGACGUCAAUGUUUAUUGACUCUGAUCGGCGCUGAAAGUGUCCUACCAGGCGGAUUGGUCUUCGAGGCAUCCUUCCUCGGACUCGGGCGAUUCGACUCGAGACAGUGA